AUGUCGGGAGGACACCGUUUCACUGUCCUUCGCAUAAUGUUGGCAUCGGUGGCAAAACUGGAAAGGAAGGAUCCUGUCACUGCCCCUCGUCUUACUCCAGUUACCGCCUCAAAGGGUGCUGUACAUCCUGUCAGUGUUCCAAUUGCACAAGUUCUUCGUUUAUUUAUGUCAUCUAGCAACAAACUUUCUUGGUACUCUAUUGGCACGAAAUGCGUUGAAAAAACGGUUUCGGCGAGGGGAAUCGGAAGCGGCUACAAAGUCCAGAAAUGCUAA